CUAUCUUUCCAGGCGCGCCAUCCUCAGCAAUCCGGAUCUGCUACCAGACACUCCAUGGUCUCGGCUGUUGGAGCACGAUUUCUGGGGCACGCCUCUCAAUGACAGCGGCUCCCACGGCUCCUACAGGCCGCUAUGCGUGCUCACAUUCAGACUCAACCACUGGAUGGGCGGAUUCAGGCCAUGGGGAUACCAUCUGGGGAACAUACUAUUGCACUGUCUCGCCACUGCUCUACUCAUCAAGGUGGCGAGACAGGUGCUUCCCCGCUCAAAGUUGAAAGUGGGGACGACAGUCGCAGGCCUGGUCUUCGCUUCGCAUCCCGUUCACACGGAAGCAGUGGCGGGUGUCGUGGGCAGGGCGGAUCUAGCAGCGUGCAACUUCUAUUUCCUGUCACUGCUAACUUACAUGGCGCAUGUCAGAUACAGGGAUGCCACGGUGUACGCGCAGGUGUGCACCAAGAGUAAAAUCGGCGAGGCCAAGAGGUACAGGAGGUUGGUUGUGGCUUUGCCGAAAAGCGUCUCGUGCGCUGGGUGCCAGUGGACAGGAUGCAGGGGACAUAACGGGAUGGCCAAGAGCUGUGACAGAGAGGUUGCCAUCAUAAUGAAAGUUAACAGUAAAGAUAGCAGUUCAGAAACCUACAGACAGUGGUUCUACAUGGCACUGACGCUAGUAUUCGCUGCAGCAGCAAUGCUGAGCAAAGAAACGGGCAUAACUGUGCUGGGACUUUGCUUUGUCUACGAUAUUGUCUAUUCUUCCUAUAAUACUAAGCAUCUAUUCGCUGUCACAAUUGGUUUCUAUUUCUCUGCUAUCGAGGCAAUUACGGCAUACGAAAUUUUGAUGAAUUUUACAUAUCCACUCAACACAUUUUACGCAUGUAAUUGGCGUUUUUCUAUCAGCUGA